AUGGAAACACAUUCCGGUUCAUCGAAUCCCGCCGAUCUGGUGUCUCGAGGGAUGUCAGCAGCUGAAAUGCUAAAAGGAUCGAUUUGGAGCUGUGGUCCUGAAUGGUUGGCGCUAUCCCCCUCCAAAUGGCCAAUGUCAAAUCCAUCACUGACUGCUGAAACGGAUAUGGAAAUUCGUCAGACACGUACACUACAGUCAUCACAAGUUACCUCAGCAGCAUUACCGAUCACCCCUGAGGCUAUAGAAGCAGCUAAAAUCGUGCUUUGUAAACUGGCACAAGAGCACGAGUUUUCAUCAGAGAUCCAACUGCUGAAAAAGGGAGAAAUGGUACGAAAACAAUCACCUCUACGGCGAUUGAAUCCGUUUCUCGACAACGAUGGAAUAUUACGAGUAGGAGGCCGCUUGAAACUUGCACAGCUACCGUACCAGUUCAAGCAUCCCAUCCUGCUUCCCAAAAACCAUCAGCUGGCUCAUCUCAUCGCGGUGCACAUACAUGAGAAGCUGAUGCAUGGCGGGGGAAGACUACUACUUUCCCGGAUACGUGAGGAAUAUUGGCCACUCGAUGGACGUCGGCUAGUAAAAAACGUAGUGAGGAAUUGCUUUCGUUGCAUUCGUCAGGAUCCGCAGCUGACACAACAACAAACUGGUCAACUCCCGUAUGAACGCAUCACCCCGAGCCGGCCGUUUUCCAUAACUGGAGUGGAUUAUGCCGGCCCGCUGUAUCUGAAACCCGCACACAAGAGAGCCGCUGCCGCUAAAUGCUACUUGUGUGUGUUUGUGUGUUUUUCAACGAAGGCAGUGCAUUUGGAGCUGGUGGGCGAUCUCUCCACGGCAGGCUUCUUGGCCGCAUUACAUCGCUUCACAUCCCGGCGAGGAUUACCAUCGGACAUAUACUCCGAUAACGGAAAAAACUUUGAAGGUGCGGCACACGAACUUAAUGAAUUGUUUGAUAUGUUACAGAACGAACAGCACCAAAACGUCAUCGCAUCCAACUGUUCGGACAGGGGCAUAACUUGGCACUUUACCCCACCUAAGGCCCCACAUUUUGGUGGAUUGUGGGAAGCAGCGGUUAAGACGGCCAAACGACAUCUCUACAGGCAGCUAGGCAGUUCGAGGCUGUCUUACGAGGGAUACAGCACCAUUCUGCAGCAAAUAGAAGCGGCAAUGAACUCGCGUCCUUUGUUGCCAAUGACGGAUGACCCAAUGAUUUGGCAGCGCUUACGCCGGCGCACUUCCUGA